AUGGAAACUUCGAUUGGAUCACUGUCACGUUUGCAGGACUUCCUGAACAACACCCCGACAGAAGUCAGGAAGGAAACAAUCGAUCUGCCAGAGAAGUGGCCUCAGACUGGCAAAGUUGAAUUCCGCAAUGUGGUCGCGCGAUAUAAGAGCGACAACCGAGAUCAGCAGCCUCCUGUCCUCCAAAAUGUGUCUCUGCAAAUUCCACCAGGAAAGAAGAUCGGUGUCAUGGGACGCACAGGAAGCGGCAAAUCUUCGCUGUUAUAUUCACUAUUGGGAUUCUUAGAGUACGAAGGCACGAUUGAGGUUGACGGAGUGGACAUAUCCACGGCGCAGCCCGAUCAACUUCGCUCUCGUAUCAUUACCAUCUCUCAAGACGUGGUGGAAUUGGACGGCACAAUCCGGGACAAUCUACUGCCUUUUGAAAAAACCUGGCCUGAUAAAAUGAAUCUAAUUCGCGAUGAAAAAGAGAAGGCCGAGUUAGAGAGAAAGGACCAGAUCGUUCAAGAGACUCUUGUACGCUUAGGAAUCUGGGAGCAGCUACAACCGAAAGGUGGGCUGGAAGCUUCCUUAGAAGAUGCCGGCUACUCACAGGGAGAAAGGCAAUUAUUCUGCAUCGCACGAGCUGUUGUACGUCGUCGGUUAACUGACAGCAGGCUCGUGUUAGUGGAUGAGGCGACAGCCAGUGUGGACACCUGGCGGGACCAGAUAGUACGACAGAUGAUGGUGAGCUAUUUUCGGGGUUGUACGAUUAUCGUGGUCGCGCACCGCGAAGAAACUAUCGCCGAUUCCAAUCGCACAGUACACAUGGCAAGCGGCCACAUUGAGAAGGUAGAGGACUGGGACAACUACCAGGACUAG